UUUGUGGUUUUUGUCCAGAUGAUCAUCAAAAGUGAGUAGAUCAUCGUGUAUUGUGUCCUGCAGGAAAUUGAUGUUGAAGAAGCAUCCACUUUUUGUGAAGUUAUUGAGGCACUGAUGCCACAGGCAGGACACCAUGGUGAUGACAAUGGCAUGCCCCAAGAAGAGCGUGUGUACCCAAACAUUGGAAUGUGUUGGAUGUGCGAAAAGCCUGGAGUUUAUCAAGUUCCUAAUGACGAACCGACCACUGGAAUGUCACUUUUCCAAGAUGAUAAAUGUUAUUUUCGUCACGGAGUCCAGUCUUCAGGCCUGUGCGAGGUGUGAAAAAGUGUCGGUUUUAUGCACGGAAUUGACCAAUGCCGAGAAUCGUGCGUAUGAUGUUGAACUCCACAAACUUUCUGAGGAAAUGUCCACUUUCUUGAAAGUGACGCGGGAUGAUGAUGCGGUCAUUUAUGACUUGAAAGUGGAAUACGUGGAGACUGAGGAUGAGGAAUUUCGCAGCGAAGGCACGGUUCCGUCUUUUGAACCUUUGCGACAUCCAAGUGCAUCAUCAGCAAAGUGUCAAAAUGAGUCAAUAUCCAAUGGAUCUCAAAGCAGGAAAAGAAAGUGUGUGGAGGAAGCAUCUGAGAGGGAAACCAAUGCAAAAUUGGCAAAAACACCUGCUGAAGUCUCCUGUGCAGGAUGGGCAAAGUUGAAUCCAGCCUCUGAAGAUCCUGAUGAUGCAGAUGUUCUACCAUUUUUCUCCACUUUGAGAAUAUGA